AUGGGUCCAGAUGUCAAAGCACAUAGUGAGACAUUUCUCCAGAAACCACGCCUGAAGAGGAAGGAUAAAUCACCUUGUGGAAAUUUGACAAACAUACAGGAUAACUUGAAAAAGUACUAUCUUACCACAUUUUAUGGAAUCGAGUUCAUUUUUGGAAUGUUUGGGAAUGUCACAGUGGUGUUUGGCUACCUGUUCUGCCUGAAGAACUGGAACAGUAGCAACAUCUAUCUCUUUAACCUUUCCAUCUCCGACCUUGCUUUCCUGUGCACCCUUCCCAUGCUGAUAAGUUCGUACGCGACGCAGAAAUGGCCCUAUGGAAAUGUUCUCUGCAUAAGCAACCGAUACGUGCUUCACGCUAACCUCUACACCAGCAUCCUCUUCCUCACUUUCAUCAGCAUCGAUCGGUACCUGCUCAUGAAGUUCCCUUUCCGAAAACACAUUCUGCAAAAGAAGGAGUUCGCCAUUUUAAUCUCUUUGGCUGUCUGGGUCUUUGUGACCUUAGAAAUUCUACCUAUGCUCAUUUUCAUAAAAACUGACACAGAAGAGGAUACCAUCUGUGCCGACUACGCAAGUUCUGGAGAGGCUAGCAAAAGUCUCAUUUACAGUCUAUUCCUGACUUUGCUAGGCUUCCUCAUUCCUCUCUCUGUGAUGUGCUGCUUCUACUACAAGAUGGUAGUCUUCCUAAAGAGGAGGAGCAGGCAGCAGGGGACUGCCCUGCCACUGGACAAGCCUCUGCUCCUGGUGGUCCUGGCGGUGGCGAUCUUCUCUGUACUCUUCACACCCUAUCACGUCAUGCGCAAUGUGAGGAUUGCCUCACGCAUCGGCAACUGGUCACACGGAUGUGCAAUUGAAUCCUUGUACAUCCUGACCAGGCCUCUGGCCUUUCUGAACAGUGCCAUUAACCCAAUCUUCUACUUCCUCAUGGGAGACCACUUCAGAGAGAUGCUGAGUAGUAAGUUCAGACACUACUUCAAGUCCCUAACGUCCUUCAGGACGUGAGCUGCUAGAUGCAGGUCUUUACUCAGGCAAUA